GUCCUCCUCCUCCACGUCCGCCUCGGAGCCACUCACUCCGAGUCCUCUUCCACACCUCUUACCCGACAAAAGGAAGCCUCAGCACGUCCCCGACGCGUCAGGAAUAAGAUGAACGGUGCCGCGUCCGCGUCCCAAUCCUCCUACGUCAAUGGCCACCAGAACGGCUCGGCGGGUGCGAAUGGCGCGGGCUCCCCGUACGAGGCCGCGGAGAACGAGCAGGCGACCUCCUCGGCCUCUCCGCAAAACGGAUACGUGUUCCCGGCAAACCACCACAAUGAAGAGAUCGUCGAGCACUUGUACCAGUCGGGAUUUCAGGCGGGGAACUACUCGGACAUCCUGUUGCAUGUCCACCAAAACAUGUACCGCCUGCACUCGAUCAUCCUCUCCAGGUCACCCUAUCUGGCGCACCUAAUGUCUACAAUGCAGCCGAACGUGCAGCGCGCCAUCUAUGUCCCCUUGGACCACGACCGAGAGGUCACUCCCGAUGGCUUUGCUAUAGCCCUGGGCUAUCUAUACUCCUCCGCUUCGCUUCGUCUCGUGCACCCCGACAAUGCGCGCGGUGUCCUGGCUGCAGCAUGCCUGCUCGGCGGCAUGGACGAGCUCUGCGAGUUCGCCUACGAUGUCUGUCGACGCCACAUCAGCCUCGACAACAUCGGCUCGUGGCUCGACUUCGUCGAGAUACCGGACACGACAUCGGGUAGCGCCACGCCUAUGCGUUCUGGCACCCCGAUGCUGCCCGGAACACCCACCCUGGCCACGCCACCGCCGCUGCCACAGCCGACGACGCUCUUUGGGCUUUACACCCAAAGACUUCGGAGCGACGUCUUCAACUUCCUUGUCGUGACGCUACCCGCGAGCCUCGACCUAACCGACACGAACCAGGACUCGUCCGAGCCCUCCGGACGUGACGUGCUCAUGCAAAUAUUCGCGCAGGUGCCCUUCGACCUGUUCAAGUCCGCGGUCGAGUCUCCGACGUUCCAAAUCGGCUCCGACCAGGCGCGCUUCAAGUUCGCAAAAGACACGAUCGAGGUCCGCAAGCGCACGAACCCGCGCGCGGCGGGCGCCGAGGAGACCGUCGUGCUCGCGUUCGGCGGCGGGAACGGGGGCAGCGCGGUCCACGUCACGCGUAAGCUGAGGAAGAAGCCCCUCUGGAAGGUUAACUCGUAAAAGGAUGCGGGCCGGGACUGGCACGGUUUGCUAUACGAAUCUCUAUCUACUGUACGAUCUCCUAAACUGCUCUCGUAUACUCACGGUAUCUGCUUGUGUAGAUGUAAUUUUGUAAAGCCCCUCCAAGGCUUUGUAAACCCCACGAGGCGUUUUGUGCGCAAACUGCGU